AUGUACCGCUAUGGGCUGGGUCCAUUUCAACCUCAAUGCCUUCAAAUUCUUAAUCAUCGAUGGUGGCUAAUUACAGUCAUUUGCUUGUAUAUCAUCUUUGCCGGAAUGCUAAUGACUGGAUUUUCUGCGGUAACAGUAACAUCAUUAGAGAAACGCUAUGAGUUGAGAAGCACUGAAACAGGAGCGCUGCCUUCCGCUGGCGAAAUUGCCAGCGCCAUCAUUGGUAUAUUAGCAAGUUAUUUCGCUGGUCGACAUCAUAAAGGAAGAUAUUUAAGUGUAGGUGCGAUCGUUUUGGCGUUAGGGGCUUUGAUGUAUUCAUUGCCUCAUUUCGUCACGGAUCCAUACACCGUGGUCAGUUCUUCCACCAAUUAUAGCGAUUUAUGUCUAGAAACGCAAUCCACACCAUCCAAUCUAUGCGAUAAAGAAUUUCAUCAUGGCGGACAAUCAAACAUUCGCUAUUUCUUUUACAUGUUUCUAGUAGCACAAUUACUGAUGGGAGCAGGGAAUAAUUUAAUCUGGAAUGUUGGUACGGCUUAUAUCGAUGAAAAUGUUCAUCCCGUUUCUUCGCCGUUAUACAUCGCCGUUACUUAUACCGUUAGUGUUGUCGGACCUGCUGCGGGCUAUAUUUUAGGAGGAAUCUUUUUAAAUCGGUACAUCAAUUGGCCAGAAGCACCACCACCAGGUUUAACACCAUAUGAUGCACGCUGGAUUGGUGCUUGGUGGCUUUGUUUUAUCGUCUCUGCUGCUUCUUUAGGAUUCAUUGCUGUACCUCUUUUUGGAUUUCCACGAAAAUUGCCGGGAUAUGAAAAGCACAAGCGGCUUCGCGAAGAGAUGGCCAAUAGUAAUGGCCAUCGUGAUUAUGGCAUUAACCUGAAAGAUUUUAUUAAAGCUAGCCAAGAAUUAUUUCGAAAUAAAGCGUUUGUCUUCCUAACAUGCGCUGGAAUAUUAGAGUAUCUCGCUACUAUAGGAAUCAGUUGGUUUUUUCCUAAAAUUUUAGAGACACAAUUUCGUUUACCUUCUUAUGUAGCUAGCUUUACUGUAGGCCUCAUCACUGUACCAGGAGGGUGCGUCGGUAUGAUUUUGGGUGGUAUGCUUGUAAGAAUUUUUAGAAUGAAUGGUCGUAAAGCAGCUAAGUUGGCUUGUAUUCUUGGUUUUGUUGAUUGUGCUCUAUCAGCAGUUUUCUUACUUGGCUGUGAUAGUCUUCCAUUUGCUGGAGUUAAUGCUCCAUAUACUAGUCAUUCAUUAACAUCCUUCAAUGAAGUCAAUUUAACUGCGAUUUGUAAUUCAGGCUGUAUGUGCAAUAAGGUCGAGUAUAAUGCUAUUUGUGGAUCAGAUGGAAAAACUUAUUACUCUCCUUGUCAUGCUGGUUGCAAGACAAGUUAUUUUGAUGCGGAAAAUUUAACCUAUGCUUAUCGUAACUGUAGCUGUAUCCCAAAGGCAAGCGAUACCUAUUCCAAUUAUGAUGCUAUUCAGGGAUCGUGCACAUCAAAUUGCCAAGAAUUUAAACCAUUCGUUAUAGGUAUCAGCAUUGCAAUAGUUGCCGUUAUGUCGAAAACUGUUCCCUCUACCGAAGCUUUACUACGAUCUGUACCUGAAAAUCAACGAGUUUAUGCUUUGGGCGUCAGUUCAGCUAUGAUUCGUUUGGCUGGGAAUUUACCCGGACCAAUCUUAAUUGGAGCAUUUAUCGAUUAUUCAUGUUUACUCUGGGGCAACGAAUGCGAUUCCUCGUCGACUUGUUGGUUUUAUGACAGUAGAAAGAUGGGAAUGUACCUUUAUAUAUCCCUAAUUAUGAUCAAGCUUCUGUCUACUUUCUUAUUUAUUCUAAGUUGGAGGUAUUAUAGAAAAGAUCAAGGUCUUUCUUCUACAGGAAGUACCCAUUUACUCGAUUUUAGCCAUAAGAGUGAAGAUAUCACUCGAGGUAAGGAUGCCAUUUAA